CUCAAGAGGGCUUUUCCAUGGUUGAAAUGAUUUCAACUGGAUGACACAGGUAUUUUCCACACCUUUUGCUAAACCAUGGAGACUUCUCUUCUGGGACUUCUUAUUUGGUGCUUCUAUCUCAAACUCCUACAAGCAGCCGAAAUCUUCCAACAACAACAGCAAUCAGCUCCACCCAAAACCAGGACCCCCAAAACGAAGGAUUGGAUACCUUCAUCUUCAUCUUUUUUGGUUUCAGCUUUCACUUGGAUGCCUACCCUGAAUUUGGAUAAGGCUGAACCUGAAGGAUCAGAGGCAGCAAUGGCCUUCCUAUACUCUGGGGAUACCCUGAGCCUCUUACAAGCCAACUGUACCCAGAGAUUUGAAAUGAGGGCUUUAGUGAAGGACUCUCGCCCUCCACCAGCCUUAUAUUCCUAUCUACGCAGUGCUACUGACACCUUGACCCAUGCCACCAACUUCCUCAAUAUGGUCUUUCAGACUAAUGACAUUCGGGAAUCCAGUGUGAAAGAGGAUGUAGAAUGGUACCAUGCCUUGGUGAGAAGUGUUAUAGAAGGGGAUUCUCAAGUUUACCGAGCCAUACUGACUUUUGAUGCUCAUCCUUUGUCUUCCAAGCCCCAGCUGAUACUUCAAGCCACUAAGGGGAAUAAUGAGAUCUUACUCCAAGAUCUUUCUGCCUUUUCAGAGAAUCUAAGGAAUCUGACUUGGGAAAAUGAGUGGUACAAUUUCUUUAGGUUCCAACAGACUCCACCGCUUUAUAAGAGAAUUCUCAGCAAUGACCUUAAGACACUAGACACCCCCAAAUGGAGCCAAGGAGAUAGUUAUGUGAUGGAUCAGGGCUAUAUCAAAUGGUCCCCACCUUUCCUGGAAUGUGAAGAUGGAAAAUUCUUGCCCACCUGGAUGGUUACACUCUCCUCUUCAUUCUACGGCCUCAAGCCUGACCUCAAUCCAGAAUUCAAAGGGGUCAUGAGGCUGGAUGUUAAAAUCCAAAAUGUUGAUAUAAACCAGUGUGCCACUAACGGAGGAUGGUUUGCAAAUACACAUCAGUGUGAUCUCAACAGCACCCAGUGUAUCCCACAGGAAAACCAUGGAUUUAUCCUUGGAAAAUAUAGUUGUCUUUGCAAGCCAGGUUUCUAUGGAGGACAGAGAACUGCCACCUCCCACCUUUCUUCAAUCAGUAAAGGCUGGUCUGGACAAAGUGCUUCCCAGUAUGGAGCAGUGAAUUCUGGGAAUUUGCUGCAAUGCCAUCCCUGUCGGGAAGGAUGCACAGCCUGCAUUGAUAGCAAACCAUGUCUGAUCCAGGAAGAUUGGUCUCUACGGGCUAUUGUUCUUGCUUUCCAGGCCUUCUGUAUGUUGACAGUUUUCUUCAACAUGUUAAUUUCUUACCAUUAUAGGAAGAGCAAGAGGAUUCGGGCUUCUGGAGUUAUUCUUCUGGAGACAAUACUCUUUGGCUCACUCCUGCUCUAUUUUCCUGUCUUUAUCUUGUACUUCAAGCCAAGUAUCUUCCGCUGCAUUGUCCUGCGAUGGGUGCGCAUGCUGGGUUUUGCCAUUGUUUAUGGAACAAUCACUCUUAAACUGUAUAGGGUAUUAAAGGUCUUUUUGUCUCACACGGCUCAGCGAGUCCCUUACAUGACCAGUGGGCGAGUGCUAAAGAAACUGGCAUUGAUUCUGCUGUUGGUCCUUUGGUUUUUGGCUGCAUGGACAGUUGGGAUGCUGGAGAAUAUUGAGAAAAACAUACCACUGGUAGUCCGUUCACAGACUCCUCGGGGCCUCCAGUUUUACAUCUGUGAUCAAGAUCGAUGGGAUUACAUGAUGGCUGUGGCUGAAAUGCUAUUCUUGUUUUGGGGAAGUUUUCUGUGCUUUACUUCUCGAACAAUCCCUUCUGCUUUCCAUGAACCUCGCUACAUGUGCAUUGCUGUCCACAAUGAGCUGAUAACUUCCACCGCUUUUCAUGUAAUGAGAUUUUUAAUGGUUCCUUCCUUGCACCCUGACUGGACGCUACUACUGUUUUUCAUCCAUACUCAUGUCACUACCACAAUGACACUUGCACUUAUUUUCAUCCCAAAGUUCCUGUAUGCAGGCUCACCCUUGAGGGAAGAAAUUGCUGCUGAGAUGUAUGAGGAUGAAUUGGAUAUUAGGCAUUCAGGAUCCUUCUUGAACAGCAGCAUUACCUCGGCAUGGAGUGAGCACAGCCUUGACCCCGAUGACAUUCGGGAUGAAUUGAAAAAGCUUUAUACACAGCUAGAAUUUCACAAGACCAAGAAGAUGACGGCCAACAACCCUCACCUUCUGAAGAAGAGAAGUUCAAAGAGGGGCUUAGGCCACACUUUGAUGAGACGUAUCACCGAGUUACCUGAAUCUAUGUCCCGACAGCACAGCAAGAAGGAAAAAGAUGGGUCUAUCAGUGGAAGAAGACAAAGUUAUUCUGCCUCCUAUAAGCAAAGAUGCACAGACUCCAGAAAUCUGAGCAUGAAACUGAAGGAGGACUUAUCUCCCAAGCACAAGGUGGCCUUCCAAGCGCAAAGUGGGAUUUCACUGAAGAAAUCCCAUAGUACUUAUGACCAUCAGAGAGAUGUUAAGGCAAACAGUGAACUAACCAGACAAGAUAGUUGCAAGGAAGCUCCUCUGUUGGACUCACUUAUGAUGAAAAAGCUAGCCAAUAAAGCCUCAGAGAAAUCUGUCAAUGACUCUGUUUAUUCAGCCACUCUGGUAUACAAAUCAGCCAGUGCUCACAAUUUGUUGGCAGAUAAGAAAUCUCUGCAUCCCAAGUAUUGCACUCUGCAGAAAUCUCUUAGCGUUGCCAGCAGUGAAAAAGAAAAUGCCUCACUGUUAACUAGAACAGCUAAUUUAGAAAAUACCCAUAAACUUGCUCAGGAGAAAGACAUAAGUGCAGUAGUGGAAGAUACCAUGCCAGAAAGUGAGAAGUCCAGACACACUGAAUUCAGUAAUGUAGUCUCAGAAAUUGAGGUGAAACAGCUGGAGAGAGAGAACACAGCAAAAGGAAUUGAGAGACAUUUUCCCGAAGACAAAACCGUUAUAUGUCCAUGGGAAGCUGAGACAGACACAUCAACAUCAUUAGAAAGCAGAGAUAAGAAGGAUGUAACACCCGCUCCCAUCAGGAGCAUCAGUAUCAACAUUUCUGAUUUGCCUGAGAGAAGACCCCACACCAUUAAGAAGAUACCACCUGAACCACCCAUUAGGCAGCAAAGUUUGAUUCACAACCUUGAAAGAUGUGUAGUUCAGUGGGAUACUUACGAACAAAAGCAACAUCCUGCUCAGUCUCCUAAAAAAGAACCCCCAAAUAUUCCAGUGCCAGUCAACAUAUAUCUAACAGAAACAGAAGAGGGUUCUUCAUUAAAACCUGAAAUGGAAAAAACUAUGCAAGGACAAGAUAAAAUGCCAUCUUCUUCUCCAGUGGAAUUAACUAGGCUAGCCUCCAUUGCUGCAGAAGUUUGCCCUUGGGAGGUUAUGGAAAUGCCCAUUCCAAGCACGAAAGACCUAGAGGUGAGUGAUUCAGAUAAUCAAAACAGCUCUCCUGAGAAACAAUCACAAACCCUCAUUCCCAAAAGCUCCAUAAAAAGCUUAGGUAUGGCCAUAAAAGCAUUCAACCGUUCAAAGUUAAAGGGAAGCAUAAGUUCCAGAAAGAACAGUGAGAGCAGCGAAGCCAAAAAUGAGAAAGACAUCAGUGGAAAGCCCAAAUUGGCAGAAACAGCUUUAAUCCCUGCUGAAGGAUCAUCAAGACAAGAAGUACCCUCUAGGAGUCCUGAAUAUCACAGGGCAAUGCCGAUCAGCAAACAAGCAACUAUCUGCCCUUGGGAUGAGGAAGAAGAAGCUUCUCCUAGCUCACAGAAAAAUAAUUUAAAUAGAAACCUUGAGUUAUGCCCUUGGGAGAUGAAUGAAGAUAUUGAGGAUAGAGUGAGCAACUUACCAGCAACAGUUUCCAGAGGUGCUAAGGAGAUCUCCCUUAACAGAUUGGAAAAGACCAAGAGCCAAUGGGGAUCUAUGUGUCCCAGAGAGGGACCAGAGGAUCAAAACAGAGAGAAUAAAACUUCUGAUCUCUUGUCGUUGGUUUCAAAAACAGACAAGAAGGCUGAAAUUUGUCCCUGGGAAAUCAGUGAGCCAAAAAUCAAAGUAGAAGUAAGUCCCUGGGAAAAUAAUGAUCCCUCAAAAUCAGAAAGAGAGCUUAAAGGGAAUGUAACUGCCAUUUCUAGAGAUGAGAAAAAAGGAACUAGAGAAGAAGCACUUGUGAAAGGAAACAAUCAGAAUAGGGAAUCUAUUUGUCCAUGGGAGAACAUAGUUAGUGAAGAUUUAUUGAUCAAGUCUAAAUCUAAGACCAUCAGUCUUUCCAAACUCAUUUCAGAGAAUUCAGAAAGCCUGGAAAACAGAAAGACAACAGUUUGCCCUUGGGAAGCUGAAGGCACUGAAACGGCUAAUAAAGCAGAAAUCUGCCCCUGGGAAAUGUUGGGUCCUUCCAAUCAGGAUACAGAAAGAGCAAUCAAAAAGACUGUAGCCACUGAAUCUAAGUCUCUAGAAAAGGCACGUGGCUCACAAGAGACAAGUAACCUUUGUGAAAUCCUGAAUACUGAUGAAUUGUCAUCUGAGUCAAAUGUUAAAGGCUUAAGCUCCCCCAGAUCUGGCAGUGCAGAGAAUGUAUUGACAGAAGUAUGUCCUUGGGAAAGUGUGGAUAGUCCUAAGAUUAUUUUACAGAAAGAAACAAGUCCUUAUCAAACGCUACAAAAGGUAAGCAAUCUCCAGGAAGCUGUCUGCCCAUGGGACAAUGUUGAUCCUAGCAUAUCUUCCAAAACCCCUUCAAAGAACUUUGAUAGCACAGAAAACUUAAAGGCAGAAGUCUGUCCUUGGGAAGUAACCAAAGAAAAUGCUUCCAAUGCAGAUGAGAGCUGCAAAAGUACUUCUCCAGUGAGUUUGUCCAAAGCAACUGCAAAUCUGAGCAAUUCACAGGAAGAUGUCUGUCCCUGGGACAGCAGAGAGCUUCAGCAACUUUCACCAAGAUCUGGUGACCAAAGACUGGCUCCGUACAAUAGUGGCUUAAAGAAAUCUGAUAGUAUUAAAGGCCUAAAGACAGAUGUUUGUCCAUGGGAAACCUCAGAAGAGGUGAAAAUAUCUCCAUGGACUGAAGCCAUGCGCUCAUUAAAAACAAAAAAGCAAAUCUCAACUGUGCUUUGCAAAGAAAAGGAAGGCAGUGCACUUAAAAGUCCGAGUUCCAAUAAAACUUGGAGACAAGCAGCAUUUAAAAAAAUAAAGACAUCAAAAAGUAAUCAAGGAUCUUUUUUUUCCUCAGGAAGUAUGAUCACUGAUGAACCAAUUAGAAAAAACAGCCAAAGUCUAUUGCAAGUUAGCUUUAAAAAUACUGGAAGUGUUGAGAGUGUAAAAGUAGACAUUUGUCCGUGGGAUUUCCAAGAGCUUCAGACAGAUGCUAAGACUGAAGGACCACCAGAUGAAAGUACCUUUAGAAAGGAGUCAGACCAGAUUUCCAAUUAUAAAGCAGAUACAAAACCUUUAAUAAGGCAGAUAAAGAGACAAGAGGAAGUAAGCAGUCCACAAGAAUCUAUUUGUCCUUGGGAGAGCAUGGCACAAAUCAGCAGCCAAAGCCCAACAUUGCCCAAAAAUGGUUCAACGAAAUUAGAGAAUGCUGGAAGAGCAGAGAUAUGUCCUUGGGAAGUUGAGGAAGAGGAAUCCAGUGGCAAGACUGAACUAUACCUCAUGGAAACAGAACCUACAUCUAGCAGUAAUACAAUAGUAAGACAAGAUAUCAGUGAAGUUUCAAAACGCAACUUGCUGACAAGUCCAAGCUUAAAAAAAGUCUGGAUAGAUAUGUCAGCUAAAAUAUUCAAGUCACAUAGUCAGCAAGCUUCAAUUUCUUCCCAGAAAAAUAUUGACAUAGUCUCCUUAACACCCAGCAGUAAAAGUUUAGACUUGUCCAUCAAACCUGACAAUACUAAAAGCCUAAAAACAGAAUUUUGGGAAAUGCAGGAAGCUGGAGCUACUAUGAAAGCUGAAGUAUGUCCCUGGGAAGUUACUGAAGCUCCACUGGAGAAGGGGACCUCAAGGAAGGCUUCCAACGAGAAUGUGAAAACAGAUUCAAGAAGCUCUCUUGAAACACCAGAAGCUCUGGAGAAAAGUAGCAAUUCCCUACAGUCCGAUUUAAAUGCUGCAGCCCUCAUGGUAACUAGAACUCCUUCAAAGACGAUUUAUGGUACAGAAAAUAUGGAGACUUCCCUUCAAGAAGCCAAACAGUCAGAGACAUUCAGUAAGAGAGAGAUUUGUCCAUGGGAAGCAGAAACAGAGAUACCAGCAAACUCUGGGGAAACAACUCAGAGCGUGCAGCAGUGUUUGGCUGGACACACUUCUCUGGGCCACAGUCUUCCAAGGGCACAGUCAGAAGGUACAAACAAGAUCCUUUCAUCAGAAAGCAGAGAGGACAUUUUCAUAGACAACACUUUCUCUUCGGAAGCAGAGAAAGAUUCUACACUGACCAGAACAGACUCUGCAAAAAAUGAAAAAGGCUCAGAAGCCUGCUUAGAAGCGACAGAAGAAGUCAGUUCUGUGCCUGCUGUGGUAGCCCAAAACAAAACAGAGCAGAAAGCAGAGGCUCAGGAAGCAGAAGAUCCUAGCAAAAUCACAUCAAGCAUCUGUCCUUGGGAUUACAAUUGAACGGGCGAAACUAAGAACCUGUUUUGAUGCUUUGAGAAAAGAUUUUUCUUGGAUGAAAAAUGGUUUAAAAUAAACCCACCUUUUAGAGUAAAAAAAUAAAAGAUAUUUACUAGUUGUGGUAAUAAUGCUCACUAUAUAUUGUUAAGGAAAAUAAUACUGUAAGUUAGAAUGAUGAAGCUGUGGUGAGAUAGGAUUGCUUUUACCCCCCAAAAAAGUUGCAUGGUUCUGCCUUUAGUUGCAGAAUAGCUAAAGUUACCUGUGAAAACUUGCAUUUUGCUUUUGUAUACGAACAUGUAAUACACAGAUCCCUCUGUGUAUUCUUUCAGCCACUGCCAACCAUCCACAUCAAAUAUUUGUAAAUCGUACCAUCUAAGUAACAAUUCUAGUCACAGUGAAAAGCAUCCACUGAAAAUAGGCUUUAAGCAAGGUUGAAUUGGGGAUUAUUUGGCAAAGAUGUUUGUAUAUAGCAGUAGUUAUGGCAUACAUCAAUGGAUAAUGGCAAUAACCAUAAUCAAGGAGAGUUAUUGUUUUGUUUUACAAAAUAUUACUUAUUGGUUCAUGAUUUACUUAAAAGAUUUUUCCCUAGCCUUCUAAGGUAUGCUGGCUUUACAGGGUGGUUUACGAGUUUAAUAAAAUAUAGAAAUACAAUUACAUUGAGGUUUUUUUUUUAAAAAAGAGUAAUGAUGUCAUACCUGGAAACUGCCUGGGAAGGCAUGGACCUAUGAUCACGAUUAGGUAAAGCUUAACCGUGUUCACAAUUACCACAGAGAUCAGAGCUUCCAUUGCAGAUCUCUUCGCCCCAUUCAGUCUAUUCUUCUAAGAUGUUAAAGCUGUAAAAGCUAAAACCAGCACCUUAAAAUCAGUCAAGAAACCAACAGCCAACUAACUAAUUUAGAAUAAAUGUAACAUGAUCCAUGUACCACAGGUUUUCAACUUUUGAGUAAAAUCAACCUUACUGGGGCAGUAGCUACACUGGAAUAUUGACAUCAUGUUAUCUUUGUAUUUGGAAAACAACUUCCAGGGGAUGGUUGCCUAUUUGUAAAGUAGCGGCAGGAAGUAACAGUAACAAAAUGAGAAAAGGGCUAGGGAGGGGGCAAACUGGUGACACAAUACUACCAUUGCUCUCCAGUUUUUUUGCCAUUGCUAAAUGGGUAUGUCUACUGCACUGCAACCAACCAAAUUAUUUUCCAAAAGUAUGGAUGUUAUGUGACACUGAAAGACAUUCUUGUAAAAAAAAUUAUUAUUUUUUUAAACUUCCACUUUCUUGGAAACUUCCUUUUUUAAAAAAGGAAGAUGCUGGUACUUUGAAGCACAUAAGUUUUCAGUUUAUUUAUAUAGGAAAUUAAAGAAAACUCAAGCAGCCUGGAGGCACAAAGGAAAGCCUGCAGAGUUUUUGUUGCCUGAAGUCUGAAUUUCAAGCUUGCUAUGGCCCUCAGCUGAUGGCCCAAGUAGAGUUUCAUUUGUAUAGUAUUUGCAUGGGAGACCAGGAAGAAGCCCCAGGGCUAGACUUCGAAAUUGAAAAAAACUCUUAUUCUGAGAAACCACUUUCAUAAUGUUGUAAAAAACCUUGCAUGGUGGACAGUAGAUGUCAAGCUCAAACAAAGGCUGUUAUUAUUAUUUUUACUUCUGGAGAAAUGUUUUCCAGGUUGGCAUGCCUGCUAUGAAAUUCUGAGGACUGAAAAAAUAUACAGGAACGUAUUUAUCAUUCAGUUCAUGCUGGAUAUUGCUUAGGAAGCUACCCUAUUCUGAAAUCAGGUCAUUGAUCCAAGUAUAUGUAUAUAUAUAUGACUACACAUUAUCAGCAAUUUAAAAGGUGUCGUCAGCCCUGCAAGGUAGUCGAGACCAGGAAACCAAAAUCUUUUAUAACUGCAUUUCUGAUUUAGACUCAGAUUUUAUCAGGUCAUAAUCAAGACUCCAGCUCUUCUUCCUGUGUCUCAAGGUUAUUCUAAUAGCCAUUACAGUAGACUUCAAGUUGCUGAGGUUGAGAAACAUUGAUCUAUAUAACAAUGUUUUUUCAAUCUUGAAAACUUUAAGAUAUCUGGUAGUUGAAGUUCAUACAUUCUAAAGUUGCUAAUGUUGAAAAACACUGGUCUACCAGUUAAGCAAACUACAACUUUCAGGAACUCAAGUAGGUUACUUUCAAAGCCCAAAUUAAGAAGCCAUGGACUAAACACAGUAUAAUUGCUAUGUCACCAAUUACAGGGAGGCUGCUAUGCCUUAAUUGAUGCUCUCUAUAUGAACUUAGAAUACACUUGGUGCUUCACUACAGCUGCGUAUUGCAGAGGCAUAACAAAUGAUAAAUAAUAAUGAUAAUUGUUGCAUUUUUAUAAGGAUUAUAAUGAGCUGUUUUUUUUCUGUGGCAGGGUCCUAUCACAUUUGCAUAGGAAAAUGUCAUUUGUUUCCAACCAUUGUGAUCAGAAGGGCUUAGUUUCUGGCUUAAUGUGAUCAGCAAAACCAAUUUAUUGCUGUUUAUGUAAUAGUUUGUGGUUAAACAAAUUGCAGUUCUGUAUAUAUUCCUUAAUAUUAAAAAGAAUCCUGAGAGACAGGCAUAGUCCAUCUGCAUAACCCCAUCCUGACUGAGUUUUGUUUCUUAAUGAAACCUUAUAUAGGCUUUAAUAAGAGCCAGGUAACACAUGCAAACAUUUUGGGUUCUACCUGCUCUGUCAUAUUAAAUUGUUUCAUAACUGGAGGAGUCAUGAACGAUCUUUACCAUCAGUUUUUCCAGCUAUAACAUGGAAAAGAGAAAUGUGUUUUAUAGAAUUAUUAUAAAAUUCUAUAACUUCUAUACAACUAGAAAGGCUUUUUGAAGUGUUAUACAGCUUUUAAUAAUCUAUUAUUGGUAUGAUUAAUGUUUGAGAAUUGAUUUUAAUAUAAUUUAUUGAAUGAGUUUCAAACAUCCCUCCCAUCUGUUAUCCCACUACCCUCUUUUCUGCAAUAAACAAUCCCUAGAUUAUCUCAUUCUUCUUUGGGUUUGCCAAUUCGUCUAUCAAAAUCCUUUCCCAACUAUAUUCAUAUAUAAAUUCAGUUUUAUAUCUUAUUGAAAAAGCCAAAAACUAAAAAUCAACGGAAUGAGGUAUGGUAAAGGAGAUAUUGGUUUGUUUUUCUUUCUUUUUUAAAAGCCCUAUGUCUCUGUGGAUUUUAUUAGAGACUUGGACAUGGGUUGAAACAAAUCAGGAAUAAAUCAGUAUAAUACAUUUAUACUGGCACUCCUCAAUUUACCAUUUGUUGAGCAACCAUUCAACUUGGAAAAAGGUGACUUAUGACUUGUCCUUGCACUUGCCAUUGCUUCAGCAUCCCCAUGGUAGGGAUUGUUAUUUGGGCACUUGGUAAAUGUUGUACAUUUACAACAGACAGUCACAGUGUCCCAUAGUCAUGUGAUUGCCAUUUGUGAUCUUCCUUACUGGCUUUUGACAAGCAAAGUUAAUAUGGAAGUUGGCAAUGAAAGACAGAAGUCACAGUCAUGUGAUGCUUAACGUUACAGCAAAAAAGGUUGGAAAAUUGGUUUUGGUCAUGGGGUACCUCUCUUAAUCACACUGCUUAAUGACAAAUUUUCCAGUACCUGUUGUAGCCAUAAAUCAAGGGCUCCCUGUAAUAGGCAAAUCAGAAAUUGUUUCAAAUUGUUUCAAAUGGUGGUGUCCUAUCCUAAAAUAAGCUAUGAUUUAUUCAUUAAAUCCAGUGUAUAGAUUACGCUAACCUUAAAUGUAUUAUAGCCUAAUCCUGUGUAUAAAUCCUAUGCAUACUGUAUUGUCCCAGAUCUUGUGUGAGCAAUUUGCUUAAGGAAACUGAUAUUUCUACCUUCUCAGAGUUUUGUUUAU